AUGCAUACUUUUUUUUAUGCUCUGGUUCUCGUAGCCUGUGUGUGGGCAGAGCUUGAUGAUGAAUUGCUCAACGCCGAGUGGAAGUCGUUUAAAUUUGAGCAUAAAAAGAGUUAUUGGGACGAAACGGAGGAGCUUCGGCGCCUGAAAAUCUUUCAGAAGAAUAGGCUAAUAAUCGCAGAGCACAAUGCACGCUGGGCUGCAGGGAAGGAGACCUACGAAAUGGGUAUCAACAAAUUUUCGGAUAUGACGUCUGAGGAAUUCAACCGCAAUAUCUUGGGAUAUAUGAAUGUUACUGAUCCAGAUGAAAAUAUUUUAGACACUAUCACUUACAUCCCUCCAACCCACUUAACUAUACCAAACGAAAUCGAUUGGCGGAGAUCAGGCGCUGUCACUCCAGUCAAAUUUCAGGGUUACCAUUGUGGAUCCUGUUAUGCUUUUUCGGUAACUGGAGCCCUAGAAGGUCAACAUUUUCGAAAAACAGGUCAACUGGUUUCACUCUCUGAGCAGAACAUAGUGGACUGUUCGCGUGGUUAUGGCAAUAGCGGGUGUCAAUCCGGAUAUUCGGAUCGAGCUUUUCAGUAUAUAAAAGACAACGGAGGAAUCGAUACUGAAGAUUCGUACCCAUAUGAAGCUAAAUUGCGAACAUGCCGUUUCAGAAGAAAUAGCGUUGGCGCAACUCUUUAUAGUUAUGUGCGUGUUUUGGACGGCAGUGAGAUGUAUUUAGCUUAUGCUGUUGCCACUGUGGGUCCAGUGUCGGUGGGUGUUGAUGCACAUACAGGUCUACAGCACUACAAAGGUGGCAUAUUUUAUAAUCCAUACUGCACUAACAAUCGUAAUCAUGCAGUGCUUGCUGUUGGCUACGGAUCGGAUAGGUAUUUUGGGGAUUACUGGUUGAUUAAGAACUCUUGGGGCCAACAAUGGGGUGAAGAAGGAUAUUUUCGACUUGUUCGGAACAGAAAUAAUCAUUGUGGCAUCGGCUACGGGUGCUUUUAUCCAUUGGUUUAA